CAUCCUACGUGAAUGCAGCAUAAACUGUUGAGGUGAUCCAUGGCAACAGAGGAGCAGCAGCCAACCGCCGAGCCUGUCCUACACGCUCACACACACAUAACCCCAGUCUCUACUCACUUCUUCCUCAGUGUAGCCGGAAUGCACCGGGGAGGAAUCACUGUUAACGGCUGCCGCUGACAAAUUUCUGUAUCAAGGUGACCGACCGGGAGCCAACCCGCCAACCAGCUCCCUGGAAACGGCUGCACAUCAGCGCCAGGUGACAGCAGACUGGACCCGCUGAAAACGGACGCAUAACGGACAAGAUGGUAGUAGCUCAUGUUUCCGGACCUUAAAAUUACUCAUUUCACCCCUCUGGUGUACUAUUACCCCGACAGAAGCAAAAAUGAAACCAAUUCUUAACAGUCUGUGGGCUCAAAAGGCUUCAUAUUUCUGAUUUUUUUUUCGGCAAAAACAUAAAUCCUCCACAGUCCCAGUCCUACACACCGCUCAUUAGCACCGUCCAGUUUAUUAUUGUAAUUACUGCCCAUAUCUUUCUCGAGCAUCUGAGGCAUCAUCGUGAAGAUGGCGACUGGGUCGGGUUGGCAGCAGCGCUACUGCCCUGCCGGUCAGGGGAAAUUUAGCACAUCCUCGGCAUCCAGCAUGUCUUUUCAGUCCGGCAUCGCCAUGGAAUAUACCCAAGACCUACACCUGAAGAUGAGCAAGAAGAUAGCACAGCUAACAAAGGUUAUCUAUGCACUGAACACGAAAAAUGAUGAACACGAGGCAGCCAUCGCUACUCUGAAGGAGGCUCAUGAAGAGGAGGUGCAGCAGAUUCUUUCUGAGACCAGGGAGAAGAUACUCCAGUACAAGAGCAAGAUCAGCGAUGAGAUGGACCUGAAGAAGCGGAUCCAGUCUCUGGAGGAGUCAAUGGAACUCCACGAGAGGAUGAAGAGGCAGGCCCUGGCCGAGUUCGAGAGCUACCGUCAGAGGGUGGAAGACAUGCAGCUCUGCACUGAGGCUCAGCACACGCAGCGUGUGGUGUCCAUGUCAAGGGAGGUGGAGGAGAUGCGACGGUCCUUUGAGGAGAAGCUGCGUACAUUCAGCCAGGCACAGGCCCAGUUCGAGCAGGAGAAGAGGGCCGCGCUGGAAGAGCUCAAGGCUGAGCACAGACAGGAAAUCCAGGAGCUUCUUCGCAGCCACCAGAGCCAGAACGCAAACUACAGCAAAGACCAGGAGAAACUGGUACAGCUCCAUAAAGCCGAGGUUGAUUCUCUGACAGAGCGGGUGGAGGAGCUGAAACAGGACAAGAAGAGACUGGUGGAGGAAUACGAGGCCAAACUCAGCAAGGCUCAGGCCUUUUAUGAGCGCGAGCUGGAGGCCAUGAAGAGAACCCAGCAGCUUACCGCCGACAACCUCUUGGCAUGGAAACGCACUGAGGCCGAGCUGCGACGGGAGUUUCAGACUCAGGAGGCGGCGCUGCAGAAAACCCUCGGAAAACUGAGGGCCGAGCUGGCCAGGGUGUCGGACGAGGCUCGGGAAAACCGGGAGAGGUCCUACAAGCUGCAGUCGUCACUUAACACUGCAGAGAGCACCGUCAAAGACUUAACCAAGCAGCUGGACGAGGUGACCCAGAACUCGGAGAUUGUGGAAAUCCGUCAGAAGGAGGCUGAAUGUGAACUAGAGGCAGCCAGAGACCGAGUUCAGCAGCAGGCAACUGAAAUACUUCUCAAAGCCAGUCAGAUAAGCAGUCUGCAGGCCACCCAGAUGACCCAGGAAGCAGCCAUCAGAGACUUGGACAACGAGCGGAAUCGGCUGAAGGACAAGGUGGUGCGAAUGGAGGAAGAGAGGGAGGCCCUUCAGAGCCAGGGCCAAGCACUGGAUGAAAGACAGAAACAGCAGCUCCAGGCCCUGGAGAAGACCCUCCGUGAUGAGAAAGUGUCCCACGAGAAGGACGUGAACAGUCUGCGAGCUCGAUAUGAAGAGGAGACCAGCCAAAUGAAGGAGAGCCAAGCUCGAGCUCUGGAGGAAGUCGCCAAGAAGAACAGGGUGACCCUGGAGACCGCUCUCAACAACGCCGAGAAGGACAAGAACCGCCUCCUGGCUGAGCUGGAGCAGCAGUUUGAGAGGGAGCGUCAGUCACUGGAGGAGCAGAAGACGCUGCUCAGGCAGCAGCUGGAUGAGCUGAGGGAGGAGCUGACGUCCAAACUCAAUGCGGCCACUGAGGAGGUGUCUCGGCUGCAGCAAGAAGUACAGCAGGGGGAGAAUGAUAUUAAAACAGCUGAGGGGCAGAUCUCCACACUGAAGGAGGCGCAGGACAAGCUGCUGGAGGAGCUGGAUGCUACACGGGCCCGACUGAGAGAGACCAGCAACCUGCUGACUGCACUGCAGGGAGAGCUGGAGACCCAAAAACGUCAGCAUGAAGCCAAACUCAUCACCACCAAAGAAGAAGAAAAACAUAAGAUGGACAAGAUGGCUCUGGAGCUGGAGCUCAAAUGGACUGAAACACUCAGGCAGGAGUGUAAGAAGCUACGUGAGGAGCUGAAAGAGGAGCACGAGGAGGACAAAAACUCAGCCUUGGCUCAGCUGGCGCAAAGCAAGGAGCAGGAACUGAGCAAUGCCAGGGAGAGCUGGCAAAGGAAAGUGGAGGACCUGCUAGAACAGAUAUCCUUGUUGAAGCAAAGUCUGGAGAUGCAGCUGUCCCAGUCGCAGUCGUCGCUGCAGCAGCUACAGCACCAGUUCAGCCAGGAGAGGGAGCACCUGAGGAUGCAGCUGGAGGAGCUGCAGACGGAGCAUCAGAGGCGACAGCACCGUCUGCAGGAGGCCCACCGCUGCGCCAUGCAGGACAUGGAGCACACCAGGCAACGUGAUUUGAAGGACCUGGAGGAGCGUCUCCGCCACCAUCACCAUUCAGAGCUGCAGUCUCUCAGAGAGGCUCACCGCCAGAGCAUCGAGACGCUCAAACAGCAGUCAGAACAGGAGCUUCAAACGCUCCGCUUUGAACUGGAGGAUGAGGGCAAAGCCAUGUUAGCCUCUCUGCGAUCGGAGCUGAACCACAUCCACGCGUCAGCCAUCGAACACCUCAGACAAACCCACCAGCACGAGUCAGCCGCCGCCAAGGCCGAGCUGGAGAAGACGAUCGAGAAUAACCGGACACAGGAACGCGAGCUGUUGGGCCGGAUCUCCGAGUUGCAGGAGGAGGUGACGAGGAGGAAGAACCACAUUGCUCAGCUGGACCACCAAAUCCACACGCUCAACGAGAACAUCAGCACCCUGACUAAAGAGCUGGAGCUGAAGGGCAAGGAGGUGCUCAAGAUCCGCAGUGAAGCCAAUCAGCAGAUCCGGGCUCAUGAGCAGGAGCUGACAAAGAGACACGAGCGGGAGCUAGCCGAGCUGAGCGCCGUCCACAGCAGGGAGACGCAGAACAUGCUGUCAGAUUUCAACAAAGCCCAGGAACUGCUCAAAGACAAGAUCUCCGCCCUUCAGAUACUGUUGGAAGGAACAGAGGAUAAGUUCAGGAACAGAGAGAGUCGUCCUGAGGAUCUGCAGCUCAUCGCCGAGCUCAAAGAUAUGGUUUCUGAGAGAGAAACUCUAGUCAAAAAACUGGUGGACGAUAAAAAGUUCUACCAGCUGGAACUCGUCAACAGGGAGACCAACUUCAACAAAGUGUUCACCGCCAGUCCUAAUGUGGGAGUUAUCAACCCGCUCAUUAAGCAAAAGAGAAAGAAUGAGAAAACAGCAGCCAGCAGAUUGAGCAGCUCUCCUAAUGUCAGGGCUCUGGAGGGAGCAGGUAUGGGCAUGGGCUUGGUGGGUACAGGGAGCGGCCAGCCCCCACAACCACCACCCCCGCCCCCAACCCCGCCCAGUCGCCUAGAGCCUAUCCCCAACUCCCCCCUCCAUCACCUUGAGCUCAACUCCAACAAACCUCUUGCCCCGCUGACCCCUCCCACCGAACCCAAGAAAUUCAUGAGGGCCUGAGGUUUUUACUGUUUAUAUCACAAACCAGCUGACCCUGAGUCGACAUUAAAGGACACGACUACUUUCUGCUGCAGCACGUUUGAACUCAGAGGCAUUGGCAGCUCUUUAAAUAGAAGUGAAUAAUAUGGAAAGGGCAACAUAAACACAAGAGUCCCGUGUGCGACUGAAGCUUCAAAGAAUGGCCUUGGAAUGCAAAAGGGGCAUGUUUUUACUUUUGAUUUCUUUUCUUUCCCAUCAGUCCGAACAUGUUGCUGUCUGAACUGUGUGCAUGCUGAAUGUUCUUUUUUUUUUUUGGUUUUGUUUUCUCUUCUUUUCAGUUCAGGACGUUUACACUACCUGUUGUUAUUAUCCACUGUGUCUUUUUUGUCGUUGUUUUGUGUCACACUGUGACGUUUCUUUCUUCAUCCUCACCAUCAUCUAAAUUUCAGCAUGUUGCACUUUUACUCGACUCGAAAUGGGCUCGACCGUUUUUGUAAAAAGUAAAUAAACGUUUUUUUUAAUGCAGACUUGUAUUGAAGUAGAUAUUGUCUUUUGCUAUUAUGGACCGUCUCCCUCUGUGUGUGGUGGUGUCUUAUUUUGAUCCUGCUCUACUCUACGCUCCAGUAAACGCUGCUUUGGUGGCUGUGACGAACUGUGUGAACUGAUAUGAUGAUAAAUUAUGCAACAUGCUUCUCACAUGAAUACAUGCAGUGUGUAUGCGUGUGAGGGGUGGCGGGAUGAGGGGGGGGGUUUAGUUGCAUGUAGGUUUACAGCAUGUGUGUGAGUGAGUGGUUUCUUUCCUUUGUGCUGCAUGUUGUACUGCCGAGUAAGACGCAGUGGCUGCUUUGCAAAAGCUUGGGACAAACCUCUGUUGAUUUAAAAUGCUUGCACAAGCACACACACACACACACACACGCAUUAUUAUUCCUCAUUGCCAGAGCUGUACCCUAACACACAUUCUAACAUGCACAACAAAGUAAGGCGAUGACAGUAUGAGGUCAGGUGUUAGAGGCUUUGAAAUGUUUUCAGACUAUAGUACAAUUUAUCUCUGCUCUCACUCUUCACACUCUUUGUUCUUAACAAACAGUUUGAGUGAUGGUAAACAUUUUCCUUACACUUGAGCGAUUUGCUAUGCUGGCCUCUUUAAAUCAAUAAGUCGUUACGUGUUUAACCCUGAUAAACGUUAUUCAAAUAGACUUCAGUUUGUAUAGAAGAAGUAAGUCAGACAUCACAGCAGUAAAGAGUAGUUAUUAGACUGCAGCUUGCACCCGUUUUGGCUGAAGGAGAUAUCUUUGUGCCUACAAACAUCCAGAACAUUCAUAACAUAGAUCUGUUUAAUAGGAAAAUAUAGAACGCAAUAUGUAUAACAGCCUGUUAAUGGUGUUAAAUUGGGUAUGUUUAAGUCCCAGACUAAUCCUAAUCUAAUCCUAAAUUCAAGAUGACUAACUCAAAGUUACGUGUUUUAGGUUAAUGACCCCAAAUUUUGGGGUAUGGACAGCAAAAACCCCAAACAAAUAAAAUAAAAACAAGCUUCAUAGACGCGUAUCAGACAGACAACAAGAAAGUCAGGAGUAAGCUGCAUAUAAAUGUAGGAGAAUUAGAGGGAUUAGAAACAGUUGAGGAAUAAGAAACAGCUGAAAGGAAUCAAGACAAUCAUGUCGACAGGAACUAAAGAGAAAAACACCAGAAGAAAAAACAAAAUAUCAAGUAUCAUGCACCAAAAACACAAUAAUAUAAAUCAAAAUCUGAAAUACAAAACUCUGCAACAAUAAUAAUCCUCAUUUACCAGAGCCAACGAAACGCCAAGCCAGUUCAAUGACUCUCUAAAACAAGGCAUUUUAGACCCCUCCCCCUUCAAGGCCCGCUUUCUUCUCACUGGCUGCCCCUCAAAAACAGAAAGUUUAAACAGAACGUGGGUGCAGCUUCUGUGCUCACAGCCAGAUUUGACCAUAUUAGUAAUCUGUUGACAUCAUACAGAUUCAAGAAUAGAAAAAAAAAAAUAGCUGAAUGAACCUUUAGAGCAGACUGAAGUCUCAGCUUUUGGCUCUCACAUAAGCUGAUCUUAUUAUCUUUAUAAAAAUAAAGAUAAGCUGUCUUCAGGUAGCUGUUCUAACGUGUGCAUUUACUCAUACAGUCCUGGGAUUCUUUAAAGCUGUUUAAAAGGCCUAAAAUAUCAUAGUAUAUUAAAAGGUCAUGGCCAGCAAUGUCACCUUACAGCAAGACCCUGAACUGGAUAAGUGGAACAAAAUGGAUGGAUGGAUCGUAAAAAGUGUAGUAAAAAAAAUUAUAUUUUAAAUUAAAUAGUUUUGAUAUAAACAUAUAGAUAAGUAAACAAAGUGCAAACAAUGCAAAUUGAAGUAAUCUACAUCAGCGGUCCCCAACCUUUUUUGCGCCACGGACCGGUUUAUGCCCGACAAUAUUUUCACGGACCGGCCUUUA